AUGCAGAACGAACACACGUUGGACGAACCGAUAACGCUAAAGUUCUGCUACGGGAUUAACGAAUCGUUUAGCAGUGUGCACGUGAUAAGGAAGAGAGAACAGGGAGGAGACGCCGCGGGGGGAGAGGGAGAUCCCCUCAUUGUCUACACCUCGGAUAACAAUAUCGUCAUAGUGGAUGAAAAGAAGCAGCUACUCUUUAGGGGCCAUUUUAACAAAAUUUCAAAAUUGAUCAAAAGUUGUAACAAUGAAUUUAUCGUUUCUUGCGACAAGGGGAGGGACUCCUUCAUCAUUUUGUGGAGGCUAAGCCAGAACUGCUUAGUUCCGGUUAAGAAGUUUUUUUUCCACAGUUCGCAUGACCCCUCAGGGAAGCGUGAGCCGAAGGAGAGCAUCGACGGGGAGGCAUUCCACAGGAGGGGCGGUCCUCACCAGGCGAGCAGCCCGAGUGCAGAAAACCAGGAAGGAGUGAACGAUGCACAGGACAACCCCAUCGAAGCAGACAAGGUAGGCUACGAAUGCGUGGACAUAAGCUUUGACAACAGGUACAUAUGCGCCCUGACGGAGAGGCAGCUCUACGCUAAGGGUAGCCAAAGGAGCUCACAGGGGGAGGCAAUCCAGAGUAGUAACAACGGGAGGAGCAGCGUUAACUCCGUUUUUUACCAAGAAAUCGUCAUUUUCGACACAAACGGAGGGGAGGACCACAUCGUGUGCAGAGACAAAAUAUAUGGGAAGGAUGCCCAAGAGAAAAUUCGCUUCAAUAAAAAAUACGAAAUCAUCUCCAAUAGCAAAUCGAAGUUAUACGUUUACAAUUUUGUGAAGAAGGGAAGAACGAUUAGCCAUUACAGUCCUUCCCUAUACAAGAGCAACAUACUAAAUGAGCGUUUUAUAUUCACCGAGACGUCCUUUGUGGAUAACUCCACCAUGCUGUUGACGGGCACGACAAAUGGAUACCUCAUUGUCUGGGACUACAGUUCGAUUUUCUUAAGCAAAACGAAACAGACUGUUAAACAGAGGGAAUAUCAAAAGUACCUAGAAAUUAGAAAAGACAUCCCAAUAAACAUUGUGCAGAGUUAUGGAAUUUAUGUCAUUUUAGGACUCAGCGAUGGGAGCGUCCAGGUGUUUGAUAAGGACCUCAAAUGUUACGCAUGGUUUGAGGAUAUCCAUGUGGGGAAAAUUAAAUCCAUAUCUUUUGAGCUCUCCAAUUUUGAGGAGGACUUCUUUGCAUGGAACUCCUUCAUCAUAUUCACUGAGAAGAAUGUUAUUAAGAGGAUACACCCCUCCAGUUUUAACGACUGGGGGAGCGCUACCCAGUGGGAUGACAUGCAAGGUGGGCAGCUACAAACAGGGGGGAAACACACCAGGGGGGAUUUCACCAAAAAGGGACUCCAACAGGAAGGUCCUACACCAAAUGGUGCUAACAACUCACUGGAGAAGAAGCCCCUCGAAGGGAACAAAACGCUGCUCCACUUCGACAGCUCCUGCAUCAGCUGCAUAUGCACCAACCCAACUAGCCAAAAAAACGUCAUAUACAUCGGGAACGAAAACGGCCUGAUCGAAAUCUUCGACUUUGACAAAAACGUAAAAGUGCACACAAUUUGUUUAGCCUCCAAAGAAAUCGUCUCUAUGGUUUUCAGCAACGGAGGGGAUAUACUCUGCGUGGGAUGCAAGUGCGGGUUCAUUCAGCUGAUCAAAACGGACAAUUUGGAAACGUUUUUCUCGAGCAAAGAUAUGAAAUACCAGGUAACAUACCUGUACUUCAGUGAGGAUGACAAGAUCCUCAUUUCGUCUUCUAGAAAUGCUAAUAUGAUCAUUUAUAAAAAUGAAAAUUGUGCCAAUCCCUUUGAGUGGAAGUUUGCCUACAGAAUUGUUAACAGUAAUAAUAUCACAUUCACCGAUUUGAACAUCGUCAAGGAGAUUCACAAAAAGAAUCUUUACAUCAUUGUGGGCAUAACGGACAACAGGUACAUCAUCUUCUAUCAUUACGACUUCCUCCAAAAUAAUGUCUCCAUUUCGUAUUUGCCCAUAGAACAGAUCUACGCCCCAACGUGCCUUUCGCAAAAUCUGUGCUUCUACGAUAGACAAGUGUUAUGCAUCUGCAAUGAAGCCUCCAAAAUCCGCUUCUUCGACUUGGAGACCAAAAAAAUCGUCAAAACGGUUCACCUCCCAUUUAGGGAGAAAAACGUGAAGAAGUUUUUGCCCCUCACGGGUUAUGGGGAAGACGCUACUGUCACCCAUGCCGCGAAUAAUAAACCAACCAAACCAGAUACACAAAAACUGGAAAAAAACCACAUCUUCCUCUUUGUCCUCAACGAAAAAAUGAUCGUGUUUACUCAAACCCCGAUAGACGCAAACUGCUUCAGGUACAUCGGGGGGAUUGUCUCCAGUGGGGCCAUACAAAAUGUCAUUUCGAAAAAUCAAAACAUGUUCAUACUCAGUAACAACAAAAUAUUUUACUAUCGUAUUAACACUCACGUGUUGAAAAAAAAUAUAGAAGUCCAAAGUAACACUCUGCAAAAUUUUAUCGAGCAAAUUGGAGGCAAGAACAGCAACAUGUACAAUCAAAUUAUGGACUCCUUCUACUACUGUGAAAUUCAAAAAAAAAAAUUUCAACAAAAAAAAGAAAAACAUGACAUCAAAAAAUUGCUCAACAUUUUGUCCAUUGAGUAUAUUUUCGCCUCCAUCAAUGUGUUCCUAUCCAAAUUUGAAAUUCAGAACAUAAUACAGGAGUACCACUUUUACUAUAAGUACGUGCUUCCACUGCUGACGGAGGGCGGCGCUCCCGUCGGCGAAUCGCUUUCCAUGGCGGACGGUGUCACGCUGGUGAAUUACAAGUCGGACGACGACCUCCUCCUGCAAAACGUUUUUUUUGUUCGGCCUCCGGGGUGCUCGGAUACCCGGGCACAUUCUGACAAAGAGCCCCUCAGCGAAAGUCGCGCAGACCUCAAUUCCAGUCAACAAAAGAAAAGGGACAAAAACGAGGGCGGCAAAAACGAGGAAGAUAGCCAAAGCGAAGCAAAGCCAGGCGGCACAGACAACACCCCCGAGGGGGACAUCACAAAGGACUGCGAAAAUAUAUACUUCAACAUCAACGCGUUUAUUUACACCUACUUCAAUUUCGCAACGGAGGAGGAGACAAAUUUGGACCAAUUGAUACGAGACAUAGGAAAUUACUACAAAGAUAGCAAUAAAAAGAAAAAAAUCUCCUGCAGCGAUUUUUUCCAGAUGCUGGAAAAUCACGGAGAAACCAUGGACCAAAAUGAGUUCCAAAGAAUUUUUCAAAUUUUUACAAAAAGUGAGGAGUUCCUCGACGGUGCCGAUAUGUUCGACUUGGAUUUGUUGAAGGAUUUACUCCAGUAG